UGACCUAGUUGACCGUCCUAGUUAACCUAGUUGACCGUCCUAGUUAACCUAGUUGACCGUCUGACCGUGUCCAGUCCUCCUGUAUCGAUGCUCCUCUGACCUCCAGCAGCUUCGUCGUUGUCAGGAUCGUUGUUGAGAAACGGCAGAAAUCCGAGACGUUAUCAUGAAUCAGUAAAUCCUCCAGGCUGAAAGCUGGACGCUGAGCUGCUGACACUUAGCUUUGGUCAGAGCUGAGCAGCGGGAAGAACGACCCGCCGGACAAAUGAUGAAAUAUAACUGAAUGAAGCUCCGAGGAAUUUUAGAGGAACUUUGAUCAUUGGAGGAAUGAAACUAAACAUGAACUGGUUCUCUAAAAGAACUGGUUCCCAUUCCCAGGUGUAGUGAUGCGUUUCUCACACAAGGAGGCAGCAGAGAGGUUUGUUUCUUGUCUGCAGCCUGCCAGUCAGAACCCAGGGCCCAGUUUAACCCGGUUUGUCCCUGCAGGUUCGUCUGCUGACCUGCUGCAGUGUCUGACAGUCCGACCCGACGGGUCAGACGGCGGCGCCCUGCUGCAGCACUGCGUCCCGAAUAGAACCAGAACCAGGAUCAUCAGACCUGCAGCCAAACUCUCUGAUGAGCCCACUGACACCAGAACCAGAACCAGGAAGAGGCCGGCUCUGCAGAGCGCCAGGCGCAAUGGGAGGCCGGGCCGGCCGCGCCGCCGGUCACCCGACCCCCAGGAGGUGGAGCAGGAGGAGGAGAGGGGGGCGGAGGACGAAGACACCGGUGACCCCACCUGGACCCCCAGGGGAGACCGGCCUCCGGCUCCGUCAGAGCCAGAACCGGACUCUGGGCCAGAACCGGACUCUGGGCCAGGCCUGCAGCAGGUGAAGCUGGAGCUGGACAGCACGGUGUGCGACGUGUGUGGGAAGGUGAUGAAGAACAAGUCCAGCCUGGCGCGUCACUCCUUCAUCCACACGGGGAAGAAGCCGUUCGCCUGCCACCUCUGCCCGCUGCGCUUCAACCGCCGCGACAACCUGCGCCACCACCUGAGCCGGCUGCACCCGGACGGCGCGCCGCUCCGCCAGCGCCGACCGUUGGCGCCGGCCUGGCUGUGCGCCGUCUGCGGGAAGACGUUUGUCUGCCGGUCGCGGCUGAAGACUCACGAGGCGAUCCACUCUGGCGUGAAGCCGUUCCGCUGCGACCUCUGCCCCAAGGCCUACAUGCGCACCAACGACCUGCAGCACCACAGGAACGUGGCGCACAGCUCCGGCGCCGGCCCGGCGCUCCGCCCCGCCUCGCUGCUCUGCCACCUCUGUGGUAAAGAGUUCAAGUGCCGCUCGCAGCUCGCUAUCCACUUCCAGACUCACACCGGCGAGCGCCCGCACCUCUGCGACAUCUGCGGCCGCAAGUUCGCCCGUCAGUACCAGCUGAAGCGCCACAAGGCGCUGCUGCACCCGAGCCGCGCCACCGUGGAACCCAGCCCGCCGCCUGACGCGCCGUUCACCUGCAGCGUCUGUGGCAGGCGGCUGAAGUCUGACACGCAGCUGACCGAACACGCUCGCAUUCAUGUGGGCGACAACCUGCACCACUGCAGCGUCUGCCUGCGCGGCUUCCAGCGCGCCGGCUACCUGCGGCAGCACCACCUGCGAGUGCACCUGAGGGCAGCGGCGGGCGAGGCGCCGUGCGGCUCCAGGCAGCGCCGCGCCCAGCUCCUUCCCCUGCACCGUCUGUGGGAAGGCGUUCCGGUUCCGCUCGCUGCUGGCCAGCCACGCCCUGGUCCACAGCGACGUGCGACCGUUCGCCUGCGACUUCUGCAGCCGCAGCUUCCGCCGCCUCAGCCACCUGAAGAGGCACCGGCAGGCGGUGCACGCCGACGGGGCGCGGCCGCCGCAGAGCUUCGUCUGCCACAUCUGUGGCAAAGACAAGAAGUGUCGCUCGCAGCUCGCCAGGCACGUCAUCAUCCACACCGGGGAGCGGCCGUACGCCUGUGACCUCUGCCCCGCCCGCUUCAAUCGCCGCGGCAACCUGCAGCAGCACCAGAGGCGCAUGCAUGGCAUGGGCAAGGCUGGCGAGGCUCCGCCCAUCCUG